AUUACACCCAGAGAGACAGCAGAGAGCUCCGUGUCAGUGUCAGUGUGUGUGUGCAGUGGAAAAAGGGGUUACUGACUUCUGAAGAGUAUCUGGGCUGAUUCUAAAGAACAACAGAGCCACCAGCUUUAUCUUGGUGUGUUGACAACAAUUUAGUAGUAAAAUAAUCUCACUGAGUUAGUUGUAGUUUCAGUGUGUGUGUGUGUGUUUUAGACACCAAUUCUCACCAUGGCUCUGACCAGCUCUUCAUCCAGCCGUUCCUCCUCUUCCUCGUUCCGCUCGUCAGCCUGCUACAGCACUUCCAGCACCUACCGGUCAGAGGAGUCUGGUGGUGGGGCGGCGGACCCCCUGUUUGAGCCUUUCCUGGAGGCAGCAGGGGUGGGACCCCAAAGCCUGUUUGGAGAGGAGGGGGAUGUGGCCCCCCUGUGUCUGGCCCCCUUCAGCCGACACUGCAAAGACUCUUACGGGCACCCAGGCCCAACAAGUGGCACUGUGACAGGUCGUCCUGCCAGUAUGGGCAUGGUCAGAUCGUUGGGGGAAAGUUACUACAUGUCAGCUGAUGUCAGUCAGUUUGAACCUCAUGACAUAGUGUUGAUGGCCUACAACCACAACAUAGUCAUCCACGCUGAAAAGGUGUUGGAGGAUGGGAGUGUCAGUGAUACUUUUACCCAUAAGACCCUGCUACCGGAGGACAUGGACCCCCUGUCGGUCAGUGGCACACUGACCCCUGAGGGCAUGCUGGUGGUCAGUGUCAUGAGGAUCCCCACUAUGGGGGUUAUGGAGCCUCCUACACCCCCUGCAUACCGCUCUGAGGCACACCUCUGACUUCAGAUUGGUUUCUAUUUUCACCCUCCAGUUUUAUACAUAGAAGAGAUGUGAUGUAGUCAAACACUAUCGUUAAAAAAAUGAUUUGGUUUCAGUUUAUUUUUUAUUUUUGUUUAUGGGUUAAUGUUGAUUGAAGAAAAUGCAUUAAAAAACCCCAAAAGGUAUCAUUAACAUUGCACCAUAUUAAAGUAAGUAACAUGGGGUUUGGUUUAUAACAUACACUGCACAUCCUGGUCAAAGAAACGUUCAGGCCAGGUUACAGAUAGACCCCCCCCCCCCCCAAAAAAAAACUCCAUACUGAACACACUGGGUAGACCUGAGAUAGAGCUCUGUUCAUGAAUAAGUGACUAGCUAUUUCUUGCAUAUUUCCUGACAAUGAAUACUUGUCCAGAACCAGAGACAGUAGUAUCUUGGAUGAUAAUUGGUCUGACAAGUUUUAAGAGAAGCAAAAAUAAAUGUCAUGCUUGUCA